UGCCAACAUAAAGAAACAAACAGAAAUGAUUUGACAAUUUGCUUUGUAAUCAUGGCGUCAGAACGUUACAGCUUUUCUCUUACAACUUUCAGCCCGUCAGGAAAAUUAGUGCAAAUCGAAUAUGCUUUAGCCGCUGUAGCAGCCGGCGGCACCUCCGUCGGCAUAAAAGCAUCAAAUGGAGUCGUCAUUGCAACUGAGAACAAGCACAAAAGUAUUCUGUAUGAUGAACACAGUGUGAACAAAGUUGAAAUGAUCACAGGCCAUAUCGGCAUGGUAUACUCCGGCAUGGGUCCGGACUACCGCCUGCUCGUUGCUCAAGCCCGCAAGAUGGCACAGCAGUACUUCCUGAUGUACCACGAGCCGAUUCCUACCGCGCAGCUGGUGCAGCGGGUAGCUACCGUUAUGCAGGAAUACACGCAGUCUGGAGGCGUGCGUCCCUUCGGCGUGUCCCUCCUCAUCUGCGGCUGGGACGGCGGACGACCGUACCUGUUCCAGUGUGAUCCAUCCGGCGCGUACUUCGCCUGGAAGGCGACGGCUAUGGGAAAGAACUUCAAUAACGGAAAGACAUUCCUUGAGAAAAGAUAUACAGAAGAACUGGAAUUGGACGAUGCAGUCCACACGGCGAUCCUGACUUUGAAGGAAGGCUUCGAGGGGCAGAUGAGCGCCGACAAUAUUGAGGUGGGCAUCUGCGACGCGGCCGGCUUCCGUCGCCUCGAGCCAGCGCACGUGAAGGACUACCUCGCCAAUAUCCCAUAAGAUUUGUUAUUGUGAGAGUAAUAAUAAUAAACACGUUUUCUAAUUAACCUACACAAA